UAUUUAUUGGUGAACAACGGGAAGCAAUACAAAAAAAAUAUAAGAGAACAAAAAAAAUAAAUAAAUAUAAAGAAAAAAAAAACAGAAAUAAACCGACGUCAGACAAUACGUCAAAAUACACACACAAACACAUACACUCUCAACUCCCCGAUUUUGUUUUAAAUACAAUUUUAUUUUGCUACUAAAAGUAUUUUUCUAAUCUUUAUCAAAAAAAAAAAUUAUAUAUAUUUUAGAAAAUUAAUAAUUGAUAAUAAACCCCCGAAAUAAGGAAAAUUAAAUACAAUAAUUAAACACAAAAGUAAAGAAAAAUUAAAGAAAUUGUGUUGAAAAAACGUUAAAAUUAUAUUGGCUGCUUCUGCAGCGCUUAAAAAAAGUGUAUUUUUAUUUAACAAAAAAUAAAAGUUGCGUCAUCAUUAUUUUUUUUUAAAUACACAACUGUGCGUUUUUAUUUUGUACAACGAGUGUUAAAUAGUUUCUUAAAAAAUAAAAAGAAAACCUUUUCUAUUUUAAAACGAUUAAAUUACACGUUCCUGUAAGAAAAAAUAUUACUAUACAACAACAACUACUACUACUGUUCCUUUUUGUAAGAAAAAAAACACACACACAAAACAACAUUCUCUCUUGUCACUUGUCAUAAUGUCAGUGCAACAAUUUUGUUUACGCUGGAAUAAUCAUCAACCAAAUUUCAUUUCGGUCUGUUCAUCUCUACUACACAAUGGCACUUUGGUUGAUGUUACACUGGCUGCGGAAGGGCGCCAAUUGCAGGCUCACAAAAUUGUUCUAUCAGCGUGCAGUUCAUAUUUUCAGACCCUCUUCACAACAAAUCCCUGUCAACAUCCAAUUGUUAUACUAAAAGACGUCCAAUAUGACGAUCUUAAGACAAUGGUUGACUUUAUGUACUACGGUGAGGUGAAUGUGUCGCAAGAACAACUGCCGCACAUACUAAAGACGGCAGAAAUGCUUAAAAUCAAAGGUCUCGCCGAAAUGCCCACCGAUCCUGCCAAUUUAACAAAAUCUGACAGUAAAUCAUCUAAUGAUGCUACUGAAUUGGUGGGCAGUGGUGGUAAUAAUGGACAGUUAGGCGGUGGUAAUAGUGGUGGUGGCAGUAAUGCUGGCGGUGGAGGAAAUACCAGCAGUGGGGGAUUGGGCAGUAGUAGUGGUGGUGGCAGUGUAAGCGAUUCAAUAUGGGGUAGUACUGAGUCACAAUUUCAACAGCAACAACAGCAGCAGCAACAACAACAACAGCAGCAACAACAACAGCAACAACAUCAACAGCAUCAUCAACAGUUGCAGCAACAUCAUCAUCAGCAACAACAACAGCAGCAGCAACAGUUACACACACAAUUGCAAAAUAGUCAAACACAAACCUCACAACAACAGCAACAACAACAGCAGCAACAACAGCAACAUCAUCAGCAACAAUUGAGACGUACACCGUCUCCAUUAGGCGCUGGCGCCUCACCAGCCACCAGACGAAAACGUUUAAGAAAAUCUUCAAAUAAUGGAUCCGGUGAACGUACCAAUUCCGAAGAUCAUAACACAUCUUUAGAUGCCGCCACUGCUGGCGGCUUAACUUUAUCCCAAAUGAGUCAAAUGUCAUUUGGUGGUGCAGCUACAAAUAGUGCUCUCAGUGGUUUAGCUGCACACUCUUUGCACACAGCUAAAUUACUUAAAGAAGCCUCUAAUAACGAUCUUGAAACAAAUCCCCAGGAUUCUGAUAGUCUAGAUGAUACCCAUGGACAUGUACAUAUGCAAAUUAAACCCGAAGUUGAUAUGAGUGGAGUGCCACAAUCUAUGCCAUUGGAUAUAUCCGGCGCCACAACGCCCUCUGAACAUGAUGCUCCUAAUUCACAAUCCGCACAUUCAGAAGAUACAAAAGCCUCUCUCGGCCUAAGUUUGGCACAAUCCCCUCAACAGCAGCAGCACCAACAACAACUGGAAUCCCAUCAACCGCCACAACCAGCACAAAUGGGAACGAAACGCAAUCGUGUACUUACAAGACAACCACGUGUUAAACGUGACAGCGAUAGUCUAUCCAAUAAUCAAAUAUCACCAGAACCCACAACGGGUAGCUUAGAUUUUGAACCAUUCGGUGCAUCACAAACGCUUUAUUCAUCGGCCGUCCAUGGUUUGCAUCAUAUGCCAACGCAUCAUCAUCAUCACCAUCACGGUCAUGGUCAUGGUCAUCAUCAUUUGUUAACCGUACCACCGCGCAUUGAACGUCAUUCUUCGGAACCGGCACCAAGUCUAUCACCAAAUUCACCCCACCUUCUUAGUGUACCUCAGACGACACCAUUUUUGGUUAAACAACAUUCAGAUCCACUAUUACCUAGUCAACAUUCAGCUCAUCUGGCAAGCGGCAGUGGUGGUAGUGGUAAUCUUACCAAUCCUUUUGCUCCUUUACAUCGACAAUAUUCACAUCCUUUGACGGGAGCAGCAGGUACUUAUUUGGCCUCCAGUGCACCGUUACAACAUUCACAUCACAUAUCACUACCAGAAUCUAUAUAUGAGACGGCAUCACCACCACCAGCCGGCUCUUCGCAAUAUAUAGUCCCACAAACAAACACACAACCGCAGCAGGCUUCCUCUUCAUCAUCCAACAAUAAUAAUGCAACAAGUACUUCUUCCGCAAGUCCUACAAAAUCGAUAAGCUUGCCGCAGUUUACCACAACUUAUAUGGGAAAUGAAAGAUCUAAUUCGUCGAAUGUGGCUUGUUCACCGCCCAUACCUAGAGUUCCUACCGUACAAUUGGCCGAACGCAGUGCUUCAGAAGAUAAUGCAUCAUCUGCAACCGCUCAGACGUCUGCUUCGUCAUCGUCAACAUCAUCAUCUACAGUUAAUACAAACAAAUUUCGAAACUCAAAGUCAGCAUCGGCUGUUAUGUUAACGGAACGGGCUGGUGGUACAUCAUCAAGUGGUGGACAGUCGGGCUCAUUCGAACAUUUGCCAACAUUGCGUGUUAGAAACGAGGAAUUACAGAGAUCAGUAUCAUCUCCACAGGUGAGUGGUUAAUCGAAUCAA